GUAAUGUACUUUGAACAUUGUACUGCAAAGAUGUGAUGGAUAGGUGCUGCCAGUAUAACCUGAUAUUUUAUCUAGGUGUGUUUGGGUGCAUCUGUGCAGCCGGGUACCAGUAUGGAACGAUAUCAGUGGUUGGACCAGCUUUUGUGAACAGGGAGGUUACACUGAAAGCGACACCAUUAUUUCCUUGGGGAUGUGACAUAGAAUGGAAGUACAAAAUGGAAGGGGGCACAACAUUCCAAACAAUGCACGGGCAAAAUAUUAAAAGAUAUUCGGAAGAUGGGUCCUUCUUUUUAAAAUGGACGGCUUCAAUAGAAUACAACAGAUCUACCUUCUACGCCGGAUGUUCAGCAAACACAACAAUUAGAACACGCAUGGUUUCCUUAGAUAUGGCAGAGAAAGAUAACUGGCCCAUGCUAACAGUUCCUGAAGUCCUUGACGGAGAAAGCUCGUCAACAAUGUGUGAAGUGCGCGAUGCUAUCCUAGCUCCGUUAAUAGAAAUACGUGUUGGCAAAGUCUUGCUAUCUGAUGUUCAACAAACCGAUUCAUUUAAUGAAUCUUCCCAUACGUUUACUAGCAUAGCAACGGCGACAAAGACUAACAGGGAUUGGAAUGGAAAAGAAAUGUGCUGCGAUAGGAAAAGCAAAGAUGAUUUUGGUCUUAAAGAUGUUUCAGUAUGCAAAAACAUCAGCACCAGAUAUCCACCGACGGACCUUUCGAUGUCCGUGAACACAAUACAUGAAUAUAACAACAAUGUUUCUGUCUGUUUCUUUAAUAUAUCUUGUAAAACGGAUGAAUCAAAUCCGCCUUGCAAAAUUAAAUGGUCAAGCGACAUCGAUAGUUUGAUAUACGUUCAUAGAAACGAUUGGACGAAUGGUGAAAGUGGUAGUUACCGUUCUAUUUCCACCGUGCGUUACAAUGUAACUGAAGACAUGGCUGAGGGAACUAUUACAUGUUCAACAAGAUGCGAUCAUUUCCAAUUUCGUUUAAACAAAAACUAUAAGAUAUCGUUUUCUGAUGUUCCGACUCUGUAUUUGAACACGACAUCGCCUGUUGUUUUACAUCCAAAUAUUACAGUGACCGUCAAAUGUUUCGUUGAUGACCUGAAUAAUUCAGGGCAAUGGAAUCUUUGGUGGGAAGAUGAAAAUAGCACUGAAAUAGAGGCUUGUAUCAAAGCAGAGGAAUGCCUGUUAACACUGAAUUACACAGGAGGUGGUGAUAAGACGUACAUAUGCAACACUUGGAAACCAAAUGAGUUUCUGAGAAAUUCCUUGACAGUUUCAAGCUCAAGGACAGAUGGUAGUCAAUCCAAUGUAAAUGACACUCAGACAUUUCCUUCAACAUUCCGAGUUCCUGUCAACGAUAUGUUAAUUGGAACAGGCGUUUUCUGUGGACUCUGCAUCAUGUCUGUAAUCGGAAGAUGUGUGUUUCUUAAACGACGAAAGGUCAACGAAAUCCACACAAUAGAAAUUCUUGAAAACCACAGCGACACCUCGUCGGACAAAGGAGUGCUACACAUAACAACGGAAGGAGUCCAGUACGCAGUCGUGCAGAGGCAGGCGUCCACACAGAGGAUUGAACCGCAGCAAUCACAUAAUGAUGACAGCCUAACGUACGCCGAGUUGGACAUGAAGUUCCUACAGGUAGCUAACACCAGAGUACCGUCAAUGAGAAAGAAUAGGCCGACGGAGUAUGCUGACAUUGAGUUCUUCUUAACACAGGAACCUGCUGUAGAAGAUCCUGUGUACCACAAUGCAUCAGCGUCAGACCAAGACAUCUAACCCGAAAUACUGCCUUUAACAUACAGUUGAACCCCGUUGGCUCGAAUUCCUCCUUGGCUGAAACUGAAUGUAAAGGACCGAUUUCUUUAUAUUGAAGAUAAACAUUCCCGCUUGGCUCGAAAUUUCCGAGGCUCGAGAUUUUCUCGCCGGUCCCUGUGAGUUCGAGCUAACGAGGUUCGAUUGUAGUAGUGUGUAUAGUUUGUACGUCUUCUUUUAUACUGUAUAUUGAAACAUUGAAACUGGGAGUAGUUUUCUCAUUAUUGGUCCUAGAUUGAAAUGAGUAUUGUUGAAACAAAGACCUUAUAAUCAAAAACAAGAUUAAAAUAUUUAAAUUUAUUAUAUACCCAUCAUAAAUCCACACGCAAUACAUAUCGCAAAAUACGGUAGUCCGUAUUCCACUCCAGUGCAAUACAGCCUACUCCACUCUUGUGACGCCACGUCAUAACAAGUAUCGUUAUGCGAUGUUUAAAUGACGUCAUAAAACAAAAAGUGCGUCAUUAAAAUGAAAUUUAUUAUGAAACAUGUGGCUUUUAAGUGAUCUUACCAGUAAUGUAUAUAAUAAAAGGGUUAUUAGUACUGCGUUUUGAUCCGGAAUUCGUAUUCGACUCUCGUGGAAUUUUGCAGAUUUUGAUUUCAGUCGGCUUGCGCAAAAAUCCACUCGAGUUGAAUACAACCUCCCAGAUCAAAACGCAGUACUAAUAACCCUUUUGUAUCAUUAGGUUGGGAUAGAGACUGUCCAACAAACAAUGUAUUUAUUCGGCACUGAGAUUGGGCUUGCAACCAAGAACGAUUUUUGUCUUUGUGUGGUCAGUGAUUGUUAGCUGAUACUCGUAUAAAUAUAAAUCUGACACCAGAUUGUCAUAAAAUCGGUUAAUAAAGUAUUUUCUCAAAACAAUCCUAGAAUUAUCAAUACUUACUAGUAUGUUACACGAUUUAAAGAAUAAACGCAACAGUCAUGUCGCUGUCUCAGCCAGCUUUCCAGCCAUACUAUUAAGGGAUACUUAUGAUGAAUGUAUGGUAUUUUAGAAAAUAACUUUGACCAAUAUGGUAAAUUCUUGUUAAAUAAAGAAGUAAAAAAAGUCAUAAUCAUACAAAUGAUAAAUAUGUUUACACCCUUGUCAGACCAGCAUUUAACAAACUGCUUUGUUGUUUUUUAUUUUCAUUUUGCUGUUUUUUUCGUAGCAUUUCUUUUGAUUUAAUCGCAGCAUCGUUUUUUUUAUUGCUUUAUGAUGCCAAUGAUUGUAUUUUGCGUCUUUAAGGAAAGGACUAUUGGUGGGGUCGAUAUUGCUUUUGAAAAAACAAGCCUUCUCCAACAUGUUUUACAUUGACAGUUUGAUCCAUCUGAUUGAUUGUUUAAGAUAGUCAUAUUUACCACGAAGUUACCCCCCCCCCCUCCCGCCGUUUGUUUUGUAAAAUAAUUUUUCCUUGUGAAUUCGCCGUGGUGUUUUCUACCACGUUUAAAAAGCAGGGAAAAUUCUCGCGUUUUGUUUUUAAAAAUCCAAGAUAAUCAUUAUAUAAGAACAAAAAAACAACAGUUUAUUACGAGAGAAAUCAAACGGCUUCGACACCGGAAUCAAAAUAACUUAACCAAACACUAACCCAACACUCUCCCAAAAGAAAUAUGACUUAUAAAACAUUUACACAUAUGUGUCUGCGUUGCACAAACUGUUUUAUUUCACUGUUUUUCGUGCAUUGCAUAUUCGAAAAAAAAAUCAAUUGGCAAUGUUUGAAUUACCUGCUGGUGACGGCAAGAAAAAUGGUGAUUUAAAACUGUUCGUCACGAAUAUACAUAUUUGUACAUGCAUAAAAUACAUUGAGCGUGUAAUUUCUUUAUAUGUGUAUUUUAAGAACAUACAAAUAGACAAAAUCAGAAUCCCAACUACCAGCUGGUUGGUUGUUGGAUAUUCCCAUAUACCCAACUGGCAGUGUUCGAAUAUCCAACUUGCGAAUGUUGAGAAUAUACUCAGUUAAAACAGUGUUUCUCACGAAGAUACAUAUAUGUACAUGCAUAAAAAUAUAGUUGGCAAGUGCUUUUUUCACAUGUAUAGCAUUCAACCAUAAAAGAAGACAAAAUUUGAAUCCCGAUCUACCAACUGGUUGGUGGUUGGAUAUGUGCAAAUAACCAACUGGAUAUGAUCGAGUAGGUUAGUACUGACAUCAACAUAUUACUUUUAUAUAGUUGAUUAUUCGAAUCCACAAUUUACAAAUAGCAGGUAGUUUAAAUUUUGAUUAUCCAACUAUGAACUUGUAGGUAGCUGGAUAUUGAAAUCCCCAACUACCAAAUAGUUAUUACUCGACUUAACCGUCAUUGCCAGAUGAAUAUAUUGCUGGUUGCUUUAUGACACGAAACUAUAAGUAUUUUAAUGUCAAUUCCAAUGGAUGUCUGUUGUUCUUUAAUAGUCAGAGAAUAGCGAAUAGUCGUUACUGUUAGAACAUGGUUACUGUUGGUAUUUAACUAAUGUUGGUAAUAACGGACCAAGUGUUGUAGAUUAUUGUACAGUGAGUGGACAUUUACUUUUUUAUUCUUUGGUCAAUCAUGUACCGCUUAAUUUGUCUCAUCAUUGUGUCAUAGAAUUUUCGUUGUUAUGUUCAGUGAACCAGAGAGACAAUACUAUGGACAAUACUAAUAUGCCCCAGCAUGUGAACGGUUAUGUUAGGAAAAUAUGCACUUACCUUAAUUCUUUGUAUAUAUAUAUAUAUAUAUUUGUUGUUGUUAUCAGUCAAUGUCAAAUCACCCAAGAACCAGCAACGCCCCGUAAUUCCAGGCGUGCCAGCCUGGUUUGAAUUUUGCCACCGCAAAUUGAGCAAUCAUUCCACAUUUUGAUUCAGCAAUGUUAAAUGUUUAGGGAUAAAAGUUUGUACAAAUGUUAAGUUAUUUACAUUUAUUUUAUUCAGAUUUCAUUGCUCACAAACCAGAUAAACUUGGGUAAAAAGACAGAAAAUCCGACGUGAAUAUCCACGCGUUCAUGUAGAGAAGAAUGUUUAUUACCUUUUCAAUUGUUCAUGACCUAUAACGACGCCAUUUUGGAUAUAUAUAUAUUAAUAUUCGACCACGAAUUUGGGUCAUUGACCAUAUGAGUAUAAGGAGGGGCUUUCCAGAAUCGGGAAGAGACGUAAUUUGGACAUAGCUUGAAGCACAUCCCGUACCAUUUGCCCUCGGGCGUUUCGUACAUUUUGAAAUUUGAUUUUGGCAUUUAUCUGGAAAUAGAAAACGAUAACAAAUGAAACGAUUUUUAUUAUUUGUCUCCUUGAUAAAAUCCAAAAAGAAUUAGAUAGAAAAUUAGCGGAAAAUUAAUGUUUAAGGACUUAUAUAUUCAAUACGAUGAUCUAGCGUUUUUCUGUGUCUACCCAGCAAUUGCAUACUGUACCUUUUCUUCUUCUGAUGU